UGUGCUGCGUGCGAAGGAGAGAGAGGGGAAAAACGGCUCUUAGCAAAGCAACAAAAGGAAGAGCAAUGGCGACACUGGAUCGCCAAAUACCAAGCCUGGAUACCUUUCUUUGCGAGCCUUGGUCUUCCUUCAUUAAUGCGGCUAAAUUACGUUUUGUUGACAACGCAGACUCGUCCUUGAAUAACAGCGAUAAAGAGCUUUACUGCCUGGGUGAAGCUGUGAAGCUCAGCGAAGAAGAUAUGCUUCACUGCCAGUUUCCAGCACUGGAGGAUUUUUGCCUGGUUGUCUGCCAUGUCUGCAAUAAGGUGGUCACUCCUCAGGGCAUCUUUACACACUAUGGUAGCGGUGGUGUAGUUUCCCUGUGAGACAGACAGAGACAGACAGACAGUCCUGGAUCACACUCCCACAUCCCCUACCCUCCUUGCUCCCACAAAGACAUGCAUAGCAAGAACCAAAAGCGCCACAGCUCCCCCGUCCCCUCCAGGAGCCCCCUGGUCCCCAUGAAGCCCAAAGCACCUGCUGUGGCCCCCGCUGUGGCUCCCAGUCCUGGGGACACGCUGGCCUUUAGGGUCCCUAAAGAUUACCCUCACUCCCGCUUCAGCAAGGCACCACUUGCUGUCUAUCCACCAAAGGGGGCACGUAACAAGACAUGUGUAUCUCUUCCAGUCGUAAGCCUGGAGAAGAUGCCCUGCCUUAGCCGAGCUGACUCGGCGUCACAUGUGCACCUCGCCUACUCUUCCUCCCCAUCGUCUCUCAAACCACAUUCUCUCACAUCCCCAGCCUCCCAGCGCUCCAGCGAAAAGCUCAUGAACGGGCAUGGCACCAGCGGGCCGUCCACACCACGCUCUACCACACCUCCAUCCUCUCUGGACAAGCGGCCCAGUCCGGCGCGCUGUCCACUAGACAGACGGCUGUCUUCUACGUCUUCACCUUCCCCCUUACCUUCGCCUUCUCACCGAUCUGGUGUUCUUCCUCCAUCAUCAUCAUUGCCAUUGGAGAAGAAGCGCCAGAAUGGGACUAAGACUUCCUCCAGGUCACACAAAAGACUCUCAGGGAGAGUGUUUGAUCCUAACAAGCACUGUGGAGUUCAGGACCCUGAGACUAAACAACCCUGCACGCGGUCUCUCACCUGCAAGGCUCACUCCCUAACCCACAGACGAGCUGUUCCUGGUCGAAGGAAACAUUUUGACAUCCUCCUGGCCGAACACAAGGGCCAGGCAAAGGAGAAGGAAGGAGCCAAGGAGAAGGAGAGAGACAGGGGUGGAGUGCAGGGAGGGAAGGAAGGCUGCAGCCAGAGCAUCACAAUGCACAAGAGUCCCAGCAAGUCUCAUUGCCCUAAUGGACGACCCCUGUCCAUGCUGAAGCUAAGGCUGGCAAAUGCGCACAUACCCAGGGUCCCUGGCAGUUCUACCACCUCCACCUCAAGUCCUUUGCCUCCAGCACCUGUCCCUGCCACACCCCCUAACCCAGAGUCAUCCCCUCACAGUUGGGUGAUGGCAGUGGGAGACAGUGGCCAGCUUUCCAGUGACGAGGGAGACGCAGAGACUCCAGAGGACACUGACAGACCUGCCAUACACUACUCCAGUCACCACCCACAGCCUUUAGGGUUUUGCAUAUUUAACAGCAGGCUUAUGGGACGGGGCCACUAUGUAUUUGACAGACGAUGGGACAGGAUGAGGCUGGCGCUUCAGAGUAUGGUGGAGAAACAUCUUAAUGCACAGAUGUGGAGGAAGGUGCCUCUGGCUGCUGAGAGCAUCCUCUCCCUCUCCUCCUCUGGUACCUCCCCUAUCACCUCACAAGAGACUCCCUCUCCCACCUUGUCAACCUCUCCUCUCCUUUCCUCCCCCUCCAACUUGCUUUCCUACAGUGCCACGUUCCCUCAAUCUGCAUCCACAGCUGGGGUGUUCAGCAUCAGAGAUCCCCCGCAGCCUCUCAUCCCUGUUUCCACACCGGGUAAAGCCCGUAAUGGCACGCAUAAAGCCAGCUGCCCAUCCAAAGACAUUCAGGACUCUGUAGUGGGAUCAAAAAAGAGAAAAAACUCUUCCUACUCUUCCUCGUCUCUUUCCUCUUCUUCUUUGUCUUCUUCCUUGUUUCCGAUUGUGGAUAAUCACAAGAGGAACGGCAGCAGCUACCAUCCAGCAUUACAAGAUUCAGGUGGGACCGCUGCCCCCCCAGCCAGGAAGAGGGGACUUGGGUGCGGGGGAAGCGGGCUUUGGCACAGCAGAGAUGACUGGCUAUCUAGAUCUGAUGGAUCUCAAAGCCACAACUCACAGAAAAGUAAUGAUUUUGGCACCACAAGUAGACCCUACUCACCCAGCAGAGAGCUGGCUUCAGCCCCCUAUCAGCCCCUGGCUCCUCCCUCCGGGCCCCUGGCUUAUGGGGGAGGAGCAGAGGGGAGGAAGAGGAGGAGCCCCAGUUCCUAUAGAGGGAAGGCCAGCAAGCUGAACAGGCCAGAAGGGUUGGAGAGCCUCUGUGGCAAAGGGAGCAGCAGCAGCAGCAGCAGCAGGGGAAUUCUGUCUUCAGGGCCGGAGUCCCAGCGACAGAGUGGCGGUCAGAUGGAGAUAGAGGAAGGCCAGCUCCAGUCAGACACCCAGCCAUCACCACAGGUGCAACUCCGAGGAGACCAGUCAUCUGAUCAAGGCCAACUCCAGACUGCUGCUUCAGCUGAGCCGCUGUUGAACUGGGACCAGAAGGAAAUUCCAAUGAAUGUCCAGGACAAGGGAGAACCUGCUGCCCAGGCCCAGCCGCAGGCCAAACUUCUGUGGAAGCCCAUUCCCCCUCUGCUGCCCAACCCUGAGCCCCACAGGAGCACUACCACUGAGACCAGGGACCAGAGCUGCCAGACUGAUGAGCAGUGUCAUCAGACUAGCCCUGGGAGCCGUGUUCAUAACACAGGUCUCUGUGUGGAACCUGGAGACCCUCCUCUGUUCCAGCAGCCUCUGCAGACCUCCAAAUCUGGAAUUCAGCAGAUAAUUGAAUGCUUCCGUUCAGGUACCAGCCAGCUGAAACACAUGCUGCUGAGGGAGGUGGACACCAUCUUUGAGUGUAAAAUGUGUCGCAGUCUGUUCAGAGGCCUGCCCAACCUCAUCACACAUAAAGAGUACUACUGCCUAUCGCAGCUGCCUGAAUCCGACGGUUCGUCAGGUGAUGAUAGACAGAGUGUAGCCAUGAAGGAUUUAUUGGACGCCAUAUACCCCAGAGCUGACCGACCAGACUAUGUGGUCCGACUGGAGCCCAUUCAGACAACCACCAAAGCUGUGUUCCAGUACCUCACCACAGAGGAGGAGAUGGCUAGAUAUCCAUCACACACACCCAGUGCCAGAGAGAGUCCGGUAGCUUGGGAAGGAGAACCAGUGGAGAGUGUGGACAACAAACAGGCAAGCCAGCCAGGUGGGCCAGAGAGCCACAGCAGCCCAGGACACAACCAGGGACAGAGGAGAUGGGAGGCCGAGGAGGAAGCUAAAGAGGACCAGCCACAGCCUGAGGAUGAGGGGUCCACCAGUGGGGUUGAAGAUGUGACAAUCUCUUGUUGUCUGUGCGGUCAGGACUUUAACUCGCGCCGCAGCAUCAGGCGUCACUGCCGCAAAAUGCACCAGACCAAACUUGAUGAGCUCCGAAAGUUCACAGAGACGCGAACAGUUCCCACAAGUCUGCUCUCAAUGGUGAAAGGUCGGCCAAGGACUCUGAGCACACCUACUGGAAAAUCCUGCCCAGUGUGCCUCAAAACCUUUGCUACCAAAGCCAACGUGCGCCGUCACUUUGAUGAAGUGCAUCGUGGUUUGCGAAGGGACACAGUCACACCUAGCAUCGCCUCGCGGCCUGGCCAGCCAUUUUCUCUGGAGGUCACACCCCCUAGGAAGAGCAACAAUGUCUCUCCAACACGUAGCCACAACUCCAAGUCCACCCCUGCAAACGCUAAAACAAUGCCUUCAAACCAAAACCAGUCCAAACCUCAGAGUUCUCUCCCAGCCUCUUCACAGGUGAACCCAGCCUCCUGUCGCUGCACGCUGUGCAAGAGAAACUACAGCUCUCAGAUCAUGUUGAAGAGACACAUGCGUAUUGUCCACAAAAUAUACAGCCUCAAAAGUAACAGGUCUGGCACCACGUCGGCCUCUGCUACUAGAGCAGCCACUCCUAACAGUGGCAGCACAAACUUAGGCUCAAGCAGCAGUAUCCGAGUGAAAGAGGAAGCAGUCGAGCCUUCAGAUGAAGAUGAUGAUGAGGACAUGGACAGUAGUCCAGCCCCAUCUCCGAGUGGCAACACUGUGACAUCUAAAGGUGUUUCUGUUAUACACAACCCCAUGAAGGUGAAAGAGGAGGAAGCCCCCUCAAGUCCAAAGUUGGUGUCAUCCUCAUCUGCAACAUCUUUACGUGGGAGCAACAUGUGCAGCAGAGGUGUGUCUGUCAAAAUGACAAAACUGUCGGUGGGUUUUGACUUCAAGCAGCUCUUCUGCAAACUGUGCAAGCGACAGUUCAGCUCACGUCAGAACUUAACAAAACACAUUGAGCUGCACACAGAUGGCAACGACAUCUUCAUUAAGUUCUACCGCUGCCCCCUCUGUCGCUACGAGUCACGUCGCAAACGUGAUGUCUUGCGUCAUGUAACUGUAGUCCACAAGAAGUCAUCUGCAUACCUAGCCAAGAUCAUGCCCAAACUGGAGAGCAGGGCAGUGAAGAGGCUGGCCGAGGUGGUCCUCAACAGCACCCAUCCUAACAAGAGGACAAGCAGCACCAUCAAAGAGGAGGUGAAUGGACGUCACACUUCUUCAUCGUCCUCUGCUUCACUUCCUGUCACUCGCAAGCAAGACUGCACCACAGCUGGCCCCACCUCUUCUUCUGCCUCCUCUUCCUCUGCUCUGCCUCCUGCCCCCGUCACUAGGAAACAGCAGGACCUCUCAUCGCCAGUCUUCACCCCCUCCCCUCCUGUCACCCGUAAACAGGAGAGACAGCAGAGCCACCAGUACCGCUCUGUCAGCCCCCCACUGACCCGGCGUAGCGAAAAACACACACACCAACGCAACUCCUCCUCCACCACCUCGCCCAGCAACCAGCCACCACACACCCGACGGCACGACUCCCAGUCAGAGAGCAGCAGCACAGGGUUGUCCUCCACUGAGGUCAGGGUGACCAAGAAUUUCUCCCUGCACGCCUGUGACCAGUGUGGCCGGGCCUUUGCCAAGAAGCUGUACCUGGAGACUCAUAAGCGAAGUCAUCGUAACGCAGUUACGGCAGCAGCCAGCAGGAGGAAAGGCGUCAGCACCCGCUCCAAAUCCCUGGUCUGGUGAAAGACACAGCUCUACCAGCGGUAUUGAUCAAGUAAGCCACUAACCUUGAAGAAGUGAAUCGUAACUUCCAACUGGGAAAACAAUGGAUGAAUGGAGCACAGAGCAGAGAUGAAGGAAACAAACAAAAGGAACUGUGGAGGAGUGAAGUAUAAAGGAUUUUUCCCCUUUUGCUUAAGAACCAAAUAUAUUGUUGGAAUCUGACAUUUGUUUAAAGUAUUUGACUAUGAAGCCAGCCAGCUUGCUAGGUGGCGGCACUGCUAUCCUGCUAUCUCACUACUGCUGUAUGUAUUCACUUACUACAGGAUGUAAACAUAGAUCUAUAUGCAGGUGACAGAUUGUACUGCAUUGCUCUCUGUAAACCACUUUUACCAAAAGGUAGACGGUUCAGUAUAAUAUGGAAGAGGGUGUGUGUGUGUGUGUGUGUGUGUGGGUGUGUGUAAGAAGGAGGGAGUCAGAACUGGAUUGUGACCCUCACUUGAAGCAGGGUUUUUUUUUUUGGUUUUGUUUCAGGAGAAAGUAGAAUAGACUUUGAGCCUUGCAGACACACAAAGAUACACAGAACCUACUUGAGUCCUUGGCUGUUAGCAUUUCAAAUCAGUUAAUUUUCAGAUUCUCUCUGCAUUCACACCUUAUAUCAAUUAGUGCAUUGCGGGUGCUAACAGUUUCAUAUAUUCAAGACCACUUGGUAAGUGUUACAGCAGAUCAACAGAAAAUACAUUUUCAUCCCCUUUAUUUCCCUGACAAUAUGAGGACUGUCAUGUCAUGCCAAAUCUUCAGUUUUUUAGUAAUAUUCUUCAUGCUGAUAGCCUGUAGUCUUAUUUGGUAACCUGUUGUAGCUACUUUGCAGUGACCAACAGCAGGCUCUAUAGCUCAAGUCUUAGAUGAUUAAAUUCUCAUAUAAUACAGGGUAUGGUCUAAAUUAGAGAGAGCAGAGUGUGUUCGCAGUUUUCUCUGAGAAUUGUGUGUGCUUUUUCUAAUUCUGUCCAUUUCUACUGGUCAUAUGUGUUUCCUUUACCUUCAGCAUACCCUUUUUACCUUCAUACAGUAUAUUAUAGAGCCAUCAGACUAUAUGAAGCGAGUCUUCAGCAGGGCAUCAGUCUAUGAACUGACAGUUAUGUUCUGAAAGGAAGCUGCUGUAGAAAAAGUGACACUUUUGCUCAAAAAAUAAUGAAAUUCCACAAAAUAGGGCUCCACAUACAGUGAGUAAUAAUGUGUGUUUGGAUGUAUAGUUUUGCUUUGCAUACAGGUCACUUUUGUUGUUUAGACAUUAUAAAUUAUUCACUGGAAGACUAUUUUCUGACCACUGACACCUUAGUGAUAUUUUUCAUAUAUAGUGUUACUGUACUGUACAUUCCACCUAUGGAUGAAAUGCUUUUGGACACUUUUUGGCCAGUCAGUCCUACAACCCAAACUGGCAACAGUGCUGCAUCACAGCAGUGGGGGAACCAAUGUAUUUUUUUUCAAAGCAGAUGUGGCCACCUCAGCUUUAGUGCCCAAGCAGCCUCUGCAGCAACAUGUGGAACAGGUCUGAAUUGACAGCAGCUGUUUGGGAAUCUAUAUAAGGCCAAAACAUGCCAUGUUAAGCUGAACAGGUCACAUCCCCAGAAUUAAAUGUUUACAUUAUACUUUUUGUU